AUGGCCGACUUUGCAAAAUCAAUCUUUGGAUUCAGUGGAUUUCAUAAAAAGGACAAUUCAUCUCAACCUCAAUCACAACAGUCAUCUGCUGAUUCAACUCCAGUUCCAGAAUCUCACCAUCAACAACAAAAUCAAUCAUAUUCUAUUCAGCAUUCAUCUCAACAAUUCUCACAAAAUUCUAAUGUUCCUCAAUCAACAAAUGCUUCUGAUACUAAUAAAUUUCUUCCAAAGGGAUUACUGCACUUAGCUCCAACAACAGCUAUGACAGAUAAUUCUUUAGCAUAUGGAACUACUUCAACUAUUAAAUCAAAUAAUCCAAAUACAGACUUUUUGAAUCAAAAUUUUAAGGGCGAUUUCAAUGCUUCAAAUCAAUUCUACGAUCAUCACCAAAUCCAACAACAACAACAACAGCAACAACAACAAGAACAUGAACAGGCUCAAUUCCAACAACAAUUCCUACAAGAACAACAGCAACAGCAACAAUCUCAACAGGAUUACGUACAGGAAAAUCAAUAUCAACAUCAUCAACCAGUACAAGCAUUUUCUAGUGGUCAACCAGUCAUUAUAACCACUGAUGAAAAGGGUCAAAACUUGGCUCAACAUAAGAAUAAUUCUCAACCAAAGGGGAAAUUAAAAGUCACAAUUAUAGAAGGAAAAGACAUUAUUGCUGGCCAACCAUAUGUAGUUUGUAGUUUUGAAAGUUCAGAAUUUGUUACAAAUGCUCCUGGAUCAUUUGGAAAAUCACCUUCGUUUAAUAAUUCAAUUAAACCUUUAACUACUACAAAUCAAAAUCAUCAAAAUAUGAAUCGAGCUGCUUUACCUAUGAGAAAUUCAUCAUCAUCAUCUUCAAGUAGACCAACUUUAUAUUCAAGACAAUCUUCAAGUCAACAUUUAGUGGUUGAUUCUUCAACUUCAAAUCCAAUUUGGAAUCAUGAUGCUUUAUUUGAUGUUGUUGGAUCAAAAUCAGAAUUAGAUAUUUCAGUUUAUGAUGCUUCUAAAGAUGAUGCAUUUUUAGGUCAUGUUAGAAUCUUUCCUUCAACAAUUCAUAAUAAAACUUCUCCUGGUGAAUGGUUACAAUUAAAGGCUCGUAUUAUUGGUGAACGUGUAAGUGGAUCUAUUAAAAUUAAAUGGGAAUAUACUUCAUUAGAUUCAAAAAAGCUGUAUGGACCUGAAGAUUUUGAAGUUUUAAGAUUAUUAGGUAAAGGAACUUUUGGACAAGUUUUUCAAGUUAAAAAGAAAGAUACGGAAAGAAUUUAUGCUAUGAAAGUUUUAUCUAAAAAGGUUAUUGUUAAAAAGAAAGAAAUUGCUCAUACUAUAGGAGAACGAAAUAUUCUUGUUCGUACAUCAGCUGCUGCUUCACCAUUUAUUGUUGGAUUAAAAUUUUCAUUUCAAACUCCAACUGAUUUAUAUCUUGUAACUGAUUAUAUGUCAGGUGGAGAAUUAUUUUGGCAUUUACAAAAAGAAGGUAGAUUUCCUGAAGAUCGAGCUAAAUUUUAUAUUGCAGAAUUAGUUUUAGCUUUAGAACAUUUACAUGAUAAUGAUAUAGUUUAUCGUGAUUUAAAACCAGAAAAUAUUUUAUUAGAUGCAAAUGGUCAUAUUGCAUUAUGUGAUUUUGGACUUUCAAAAGCAAAUUUAAAUAAUGAUGGUACAACUAAUACAUUUUGUGGAACUACUGAAUAUUUAGCUCCUGAAGUUUUAUUAGAUGAAUCUGGUUAUACAAAAAUGGUUGAUUUUUGGUCAUUAGGAGUACUUAUUUUUGAAAUGUGUUGUGGUUGGUCACCAUUUUAUGCUGAAAAUACUCAACAAAUGUAUAAAAAUAUUGCCUUUGGUAAAGUUAGAUUUCCUAAAGAAGUUUUAAGUCCUGAAGGUAGAUCAUUUGUUAAAGGUUUAUUAAAUAGAAAUCCAAAACAUAGAUUAGGAGCUUUAGUUGAUGCAAGAGAAUUAAAAGCUCAUGCAUUUUUUGCUGAUAUUGAUUGGAAUUUACUUAAAUCUAAAUCAAUUCCUCCACCAUUUAAACCUCAUUUAACUUCAGAAACUGAUACAUCUAAUUUUGAUCCUGAAUUUACUAAUGAAUCAACAUCUGUACUUAAAAAGCAAAUGGAAUUAGCUUCAACUCCUUUAUCACCAGGAGUUCAAGCUAAAUUUAAAGGAUUUACUUAUGUUGAUGAUUCAACUAUUGAAGAACAUAUUGGAAGAUCUUAUAGACAUAAUGCCUUUAAAGGUCCAGGAUCAUUUAUACCUGGAAAUCCAAACUUACCAGCUGAUGAAGAUGUCAUUGAAGAUGAUGGAAUUGAUGAAGCUGAUGAGAUGGAUAUUGAUCAUGAAAAUCAACUUGAUGAUGAGUUUGUCAAUGGACGCUUUGAUUUAUAG